AUGCAGACUUCCCUCUUCAUCACAUCUGCACCACCCCCCAGUUUCACUAUGGCGGAACCUAAUCCAGUGGUUUUCUUUGAUAUUGCCCUUGGAGGCGAGUCUCUAGGUCGAGUGAAAAUGGAAUUGUUCGCCAAUAUCACCCCACGAACUGCGGAGAAUUUCCGCCAAUUUUGUACUGGCGAGAGCAAGAACCCCAAGGGACAGCCCCAGGGCUACAAGGGAAGCAAAUUUCAUCGCGUGGUCAAAGGUUUCAUGAUCCAGGGUGGAGAUUUCAUCAAUGGCGAUGGGACUGGAUCACGUACCAUCUACGGCACCUCGAAAUUUGCCGAUGAAAAUUUUACUCUCGGACAUGACCGUGCCGGUUUAUUAAGUAUGGCUGACCUUUCAUUAACAACGCAGAAUUCGGGCCCAAACACCAAUGGUUGCCAGUUCUUUAUAACAGCCACGCCCUCACCAUCCUUGAACGGCAAACAUGUGGUCUUCGGCCAGGUGAUUGAUGGGAUGGAUAUUGUCAAAAUGAUUGAACACACCCGUACUACUAACGAGAAGCCCAACCAAGAUGUAACGAUUGUGCAAUCUGGGGAGAUGUAA